AUGGCCGACCCUUUUGAAGUUCGCAUGCGGUUCACCGCACUCCUCACACAUCUAUCGGCCUCCACGACAUCACAAAUGAAAGCCGCUCACUAUGCGCUUAAGCAUCGCGAUAUGGAUGAGGACCUACACUCCUGCAUCCUCGAGAAUCUGGAGCGGGGUAACAACAUGAACAAUCGCGCCAACAUAAUGUAUUUCCUGGAGCACCAUGUCGAUGCCAACCUAAAGGAUGGCGGUCAUGAAAAUUAUGUGGAGAUGGUGAGGCGGGAUAUCAGCAGGAUUGUCAACGCAGUGGCCCAGAGUGGUGCGAAUGUGAAGGUCGUACGGCGGGUGAUGGGAGGAUUGGGUGAAAAAGGUGUGCUCGAAGCAGACAUGGUGACAGGUAUUGAGGAAGGCCUGAAAGAGAAGGAGGAGUCCAUGGGCCGAUUGCUGGGCCAAGAGGAGACUGGCGAGCCGGAAGAAGGGAAAGCCACCGAGGGACCAAUGGAGGGCGUCGAGAGUACAAGGGCGACACCGAGAAAGGACAAAGAGGGCAAGCCUCGCAAAGAUAUCACAGACAGGGACAGAAAGGCCAUCGAGCAGCGCAUCGAAGAAGAUCGAGAACGCAACAAGCGCUUGCGGGAAGGCGUAUGGGCUGUUGCCGGCGACGAUGAGCAGGAGCUGGAGAAAAUGUGGGAUGACGGAAGUGACCUGGGCGAAGAGGACUACGCAAUUGCUCAGGAAGAGGCCGACGAGCGAGCUCAAUUUGCGAGAUACGCUUUGACGAUGAGCCGGACACAUGCCGGACAUGGGGAGCAUGCUGGCGCGGAUGGCGGGGUCGCGGCGUAG